AUGCCAACCGCCCCGGCGAUGGCUACUACCAAUCAGAACUCCACCCAAGGGCCGGCAACUGGCAACAGCGAAAUUUCAACGCUGGACUCAGAAAUCCAACUUGUUUCAUCACUAGCAAAGCUACAAGAACUAGAGCGCAAGAUUCAUGAACUCCGUGGAUUCAUGCCCCAGGGCCUCCUGGAGCCUCUAGUGCCUAUUGCAAACCCAGAUAAAGUGACACUCGGCAAUCCAGUCGCUGAAACGCCACGAAUCCUCCGGGCUAGUCUGGAUGAGGCCGCACGCGCACGUGUCGCUGAUGUCCAGCAAUUUCAGUCAUUGUGGCGGGAUCCGGAAUUGACAUCCAUCUGGGCGCAUGUUGAAUCACGCAUCAAGGAAGCCAACGGACAGCUUCUUCAGCCGACAGGGAAGUGGGAAAGGGAUUAUGACGUUCUUCUCGAAGAGCUAGCACAAAAGGAAAAGUCUAAAGUAGAUGAGCGUCAGCGAGAGGACGAAGAGACCGAACGUAAUAAAGCGCAGUCUACUGAGGGCGAGUGGGAAAACGUUUUGGAGCGGUUUGUUCAGCGGGAUAUCCCCGGUGUACGGGUUAUCAAGGGCCAGGAUGAGACUUCUCUAGCGGUAGCACUUGUUAGAGCUGGUGUUGUCUUCCAGGUCAAAGGGGUAUAUUUCCCUGGCUCCCCGAUCUCUGACUGGGAGGUAUCGAGCAAGAUCGCUGGCCGGUCACCCACGAAACUUGAGAAUGCUAUACUGGGAUGUGUGGGGUCACGCCCACGGAAAUGGGACCUUGCUUUCUUGCUGGAUAUGAUCUCUUCCUAUGCAGAUAUCAAGCAGACACCAUGUGCGAAGUGCAAUCGCCUCACUGAUAACGGUGCCCAACUGCCAACUCUCCGCCGCCCUCAGGCGAAUCAACAGUCUGGUGGUGGACCAGCACGUAUAUACACCUUUGACGCAUUGCACCUUGGAUGCCUCUGA